CGAUCCGUAGCCUUUGAAAGUUUUGUUUUGGGAAAACGCGCGUGUGUUCUGUUGGUUGUCUUUACGCGUUGUAGUUAAGCGCGAACCCUGCAGUUUUUGUUGCCGUAGUUUCUUCUCUUUAGAAGAAUAGGCACCAGAAAUUCUAGGGUGACAACGCCGAGCGUUUGACACAGUAAUUUGCGAUAUUACCAAGGUUGACAAGCGGGACGUCUGUGAAAUCCAGACAACCGAAACUCUAUGGAUCAUGGCUUGCCCAGGCAGUUCAGCUUGCUGAUGUACUGGAACAGCUGUCUGUCGCUGCUUGCAGACUACACUCCGCUACUCGACAUCCCAAAAGAACAAGGGGCCUCUCCGCCACUUAACACCAAAGGAGAAUGUGGCUCCGAGAUUGUCAACGGCGAUCAGGACGGGGUCGCUGCAUUUGAACAAGCAGAGGGAGCAGUGAAACCGAAGAAGCGCAAGGUGUCAAGUUCAGUGCGCUGCGACCCGACCGUCAUGGAAUUGUGUGAAAUUCUUUCCGACCUGGUGCGUCUCGAAGCUUUCCUCUGUGAAUAUGGCCUUGGCAUUGCACCACCUCCUCCUCCAUCAGAGGCUCUGCUGACACAGCCAAAGCUCCUGGGUCGACCUUGCAGAGCAACCCAGAUCUGGGGCACCUGCUCGGUGCUCAAGUUUAACCCUCUGCUGCCAGAUUGCAAAGGCCGCAUCACUACUUGCAUACGAAAAGGUGUCAAGGGUGGUCGCCCCGCCUAUCGCUGCAGUUGCUGUGGAAAGCAGAUCUCACAGCUGAAUGGUCCGGCACCUUGGGAUCGCAAGUCUGCUCCGUUACCAGCAUCAUUCUUCUGCCAGAUGGACAGUAGAGGUCGUCCAACCGUGAGGCUUUCCAAACGUGAGAUUAUAUGGAUAGUGUACUGCAUGGCCAAGGAGCUGACAGCUGCCAAAACGACAGAGCUUGGGUAUUCUGUGAGAACACCGACCAUCAGCUACUGGAGACGGCUAGUGCGUCAGGCUGUGUCGCGGAGCCUCUCUGAUCAUCCCCGCAUGGGCGGCAGUUCAGAGAGGGUGCAGGUUGGUGUCUUCAAGCUGAAGUUCAAGGGCUCAGACAGGGAUCCAUUUUUGAUCUUGGGUCUACUGGCCGAAUCAACGGGUGAACUUCGGCUCUUGCACAUUGCCGAUAACGACCCCGACUGUGUCGCUCAGAUUGUCGCAAAAGGAGUGCUUCCUGAAACCAAAAUCUUCUCAAGUGGUGGCAAAGAGUUUAGCCACAUUGAAGCAGCUAAAGACGAGGACGGUCCGAUGCGUCUAGUCCACAACACUGGCUCCCAGAAUGAUGGUGCUACCACAAAAUCACGCUCAAAGAGGCCGAAUUCUUUUUGCAACACCCAGAAGAUUCUCUGCCUGUGGAGGCGAGUGCGUUCGAAACUGGUUAUGAUUGGCAGCUCUAAAGACCCCACUGCACUCCAGGGUUACCUGGACUGGUUUUGGUGGCUGUCAUUGAAUGGUAUCGGGCACUGCAAAGACCCAUUCUUACGGCUACUCGAGGCAAUAGCGAAGGCUUAUGGAGAAUAGCGAAGCAAGGCUGUGUAGUCUCUCUGGAACAGCAGUUGUUUGCCUUUGUACAUUUCAGGAGCUCCAGCUGUGACUGUUUUAAGUUAUGGUUCCCCGCUGUCAUAAUGUUAUUCUGCAGUGGAUUCUGUUUUCUGAAAUGAUCAAGUAUAGCAUUCUGACUGGCUCUUCAGGCAAAGAGCAUGUAUGGAAAAAAAUUUCUAAAGCUGAUUCUGAAUGCUCUUGCUAGCCAAUAAACCAAGAGCUUAUUGAA